CAACGUCAUCGCAACGCAUUUGUCACUGCACUUUCUGUCAGACGACUGCCGGUUUUCAAAAUAACUCUCAUGAUCACAAUCUAGUCAAAGUGAUGCAACGCCUGUGACAACAUGGAUAUUUGAAAACAGAAAAUGGUCAUUCCAAACCGUGCGUAUUACGCGUCUACUACCACAGCAACCCGUGUCUUAUGUGCUGAAUCAAGACCAAAACAAAGCUUGAACGUAAGACAGUUGGCGGAGGGUGUGGGGAUUGUAGAGCAGCGGACGUCAAAAUCUAAGGAUGGAUAUCUGGCUUAGAAUCAACCUCUGACUCUUCUAGUGCUACCGCUGGUCAUGUCUUUAACAAAAUGCAUGGUCUUUACCAAAUGCGCCUCCUAAUAACAGUCUGCUUCCCCAGGAGUGAGAGAAAACGCGGAUUGCAGCAGAAUAUUUCCUUGUAACCAGCCGUCACAGGAGUCUCCAAUGACUUCUUAGCAAAGGACUACGGAUGGAAUAACCUGUAACAACCCGUUGGUUUAUGCCGGAAAACCCUAACAACCUCCGUUUUAGUCACUCAAUUCCUUAAAAGAAUAUAAUAAGGAAUGUUUGGAUUAAAGAAACGAAAGCUGUUUGGUGUUCUCUCGGUACCGGUCAUUGUGGCAGUGAUGUGUUGUGCACAGAGCGCAAACGAGCCCGGUAACAUGUCUUUUGUCAAAGAAACAGUGGACAAACUCCUAAAAGGAUAUGACAUUCGCCUUCGCCCAGACUUUGGAGGAGCGCCGGUGGCAGUUGGAAUGAGUAUAGACGUGGCGAGUAUAGACAUGGUGUCUGAAGUCAAUAUGGACUACACAUUGACCAUGUACUUCCAGCAGUACUGGAGAGACAAACGGUUGGCUUAUGCAGGGAUUCCUCUCAACCUCACCCUGGACAACCGGGUGGCUGACCAGUUAUGGGUGCCGGACACCUAUUUCCUGAACGACAAGAAGUCGUUUGUGCACGGCGUAACGGUGAAGAACCGCAUGAUCCGCCUCCACCCGGACGGAACAGUCCUCUACGGGUUAAGAAUCACCACAACAGCUGCCUGUAUGAUGGACCUGAGGAGGUACCCUCUGGACGAGCAGAACUGCACUCUGGAGAUUGAGAGCUAUGGCUACACGACAGAUGACAUUGAAUUUUACUGGAAAGGAGGAGAAAGCGCUGUGACUGGUGUUCAACGCAUCGAACUGCCGCAAUUCUCCAUAGUGGACUACAAACUGGUCUCCAGGAAUGUUGUCUUUUCCACAGGUGCCUACCCACGACUGUCUCUGAGCUUCAAGCUGAAGAGGAACAUUGGCUACUUCAUCCUGCAGACGUACAUGCCCUCCAUCCUAAUCACCAUUCUGUCCUGGGUCUCCUUCUGGAUCAACUAUGACGCCUCGGCUGCCCGCGUGGCAUUAGGUAUAACCACUGUGCUGACUAUGACUACCAUCAACACCCAUCUAAGAGAGACGCUACCCAAGAUCCCUUACGUCAAAGCCAUAGACAUGUACUUGAUGGGCUGCUUCGUCUUUGUCUUCUUGGCCUUGCUGGAGUACGCGUUUGUCAACUACAUCUUCUUCGGGAGAGGGCCACAGAUGCAGAAGAAGCUGGCGGAGAAAGCGGAGAAGGCAAACAACGACCGCACGAGAUACGACGGCAACCGGGUGGAUGCCCAGGGCAACAUCCUCCUGACCUCCCUGGAGAUCCACAACGAGGUGGCCAGCAACGAGAUCACCACCACGAGCUUGAGCGAGACGCGCAACUCCUCCUCCAUGGUCUUCGACAACUCAGGGAUCCAGUACCGGAAACAGAGCGCUCCGCGGCACGAAGGCCGGCGCAGCAUGGAGCGCGGCGGUGGCGGCAUCCACCCCAAGAAGACGCGGCUGCGCCGGCGCUCCUCGCAACUCAAGAUCAAAAUCCCCGAUCUCACAGACGUGAACUCCAUCGAUCGAUGGUCACGGAUAAUAUUUCCCUCUGCUUUCUCACUCUUCAAUUUGAUUUACUGGAUGUACUACGUGAAUUAAUGCCACAGAUAGGAUGCCCCCCCCGUACCCUUUUACGAAGACUCAUCAAGACAAGAGACGUGUUUCAGCGCCAUAUAAUUGUUAUGUUCUGAUUUUUUCUAUUUGCAAACUCUGGAGGCAUGAGAGCAGUGUUCUUGGAUGAUGAUAUGCACUAAUAUGGGCCAAUGCUGUACGUCAUUUCCGUGACGAGAAGCUGCACUGUUCUCUUGGUGAACAUACCCAUAAACACACAUCUUUUUAACAUAGCAACACAAUGAGCAGUGCCAGCACCAAGACUUUUAAUUUUGUAAACAUUCUUCUGUACAAAGACACGAUAAACUCUCAGAAGCCUUUUUGGACUUCUCGCAUGAUGCUCCCAGCGACUCUACCCCUUUUUAUUUCGAACACCCUACAAAGCAAGACAUUAACUCAGACCUGACGUUGCUAUAGUGGAAGGCAUUAUUCACACAAAUGCUUUAUGCCAAUAUACUCAAUAGCAUUCAAAUGUCGAGAUCAAUGAUUGCCAUUGUCGCCAUGUUGAGUUUAGAUAAUGCAAUAUACUUAGGGCUGUGGGUUUUGAUAAAAAUGGUUUUAAGGUUUGGUGUUUUUUCUUCAUCCACAAUGCUAUGUUUUGGGGUGUACAAGUUACCAUAUUACAUGAAGUUACCAUAUUAACACGUCACAACAAGCGCCAAUUUGUGAAAUACUUUCGAAAGAUGAUUUCCAUUUGCCUUCGUUUGAUAUGAUUGUAUGCCACACACAGUUCACCGUUUCCUUGCAAAGUGCUUCAGUAUUUGCUCCCAGUGAACAACAGUGCACUCUACAUUCUCUACACACUCUACAUUUUUUCUGCAUUUUAUGGUUGUUUUCACACACAAGUUGCUCUUAAAAAUCACAGGCUAUGGAAGAUCAAUGGAAAUAUUAGUUUGAUGGAUCCUGGCAAGAGAAAGUGAUUAAAUAUUUGUUGCUCAGAGUUUCACUAUGACAUUUUAGUGACAAACAGACAUUGAUGUGGAUUUGCAAAUGAAAACUUGGCUGUUCCAGAAAGAACACCUUUGGCCAGAACGUGUGGCAUUCUUUGAACGGAUUAUACUGUAAGUCCCUAAACUUGAAAACAAAUAUAUUCAAAUAUUUGAUUAUUAUGUUCCUUCGGGGUACCUUGUUUCAAAACAUUGAGUGAUAUUACACUUCUUUUCACUACACAGUUUAUGUACUAAACACAAAACUUGCCUCAGGUUCCUACAGAAAAUGCUAGUAAUAUUGAAAAUGAUCCCCAUCACAUAUUUUUGCUAUUGUUAAUAAUAUGCAUACCCAUAUUCAUGUACUCUUUGUUGUAAUUAUUACUUUGUAAUAUAAUCAUACUGUACAUGGUUACUUCAUAGCUGUUUUACUUGAUAUUAUGACAGCAUGAUAUUAUUUUGUCACAGGUGACUAUGAUGUUUGUUCCUCACAACCGACUUUAGUCACAGCCAAACAUUAGGAACUGUGGAUCUUGCCGAGGAAUAAAUAAGUGAUGUAUAUCACAUUGCUAUACAGAGUCACAACCCACAGUCACGUCCACAGGAUUAUUGAAUGCUGUCUGCCAUGUCAGGUUGCUUUACGGUUUUGUUGUGUUGCCAGUUGCUCACCAUAACCUUUAUUGCUCCUCUUCUGACUUCUGUUGUGUGUUGUAAAUAUAUGCCACAUUAUCCAGA